AGAACAACGAAAACCAAAACCCACACCUUUAGAGUUGCGGAAUUGUUUACCACCCGACCAAAACACGUCUUCCACUUUGGACCUCCUGUGCCUUUUCCCGUCUAUUAUCCUUAUUUCAAGCGCACUAUCAGGGGCCACAUCUGCACUGACAUCAUGUCUGCCUCCAAAUUGUUCUCGCUUGAAGGGAGGGGCUUGAAGCUCGACACUGCGGGGGAUAUUGAGCCUCACGUUGCCGACUUGAAGGCAAACAAUGAUGUGGAGGAGGUUCGCCUUUUGGGAAACACUCUUGGAAUUGAAGCUUCCGAGGCCCUCGCAAAGAUAUUGGCAACUAAGAAGAAACUAAAGGUUGCCAAUCUUGCUGACAUCUUCACGGCACGCCUUCUGUCGGAAAUCCCCCCUGCCCUGUCCCAUCUUCUCACCGCACUUCUUGAGCUUCCCGAGCUUCAUACCGUGAACUUAUCGGACAACGCCUUUGGGCUCAAUACGCAAGCGCCUCUUGUAGAUUUUCUCUCCAAACACGUUCCCCUUCGUCACUUGAUCCUCAAUAACAACGGCCUCGGACCGGCGGCUGGAGUUCUCGUGGCAGAUGCGCUAAGUCUCCUGGCGGAGAAGAAGGAGGCUGCCAAGAAAGAAGGCAAAGAUGUCCCUGACCUAGAGACUGUCAUUUGUGGACGCAACCGGCUCGAGAACGGAAGUAUGGCGGCGUGGGCCAAGGCAUACGCUGCCCACAAGGGCGUUCGGGAAGUCAAGAUGGUCCAAAAUGGCAUUCGACAGGAGGGUAUCAUACACUUGCUGAGCAACGGCUUGUCGCAUGCUUCAAAGCUCAACAUUCUCGACUUGCAGGACAACACAUUCACUGCCACUGGCGCACGGGCGCUGAGCAACGUUGUCGGGCGUUGGACAGAACUGAAGGAACUGGGUGUGGGCGAUUGUCUGCUGAGUGGACGAGGCGGUGUUGCCCUCGCCUCCGCGUUGGAGAAAGGACAGAACACUAAGCUCGAGGUGCUCCGCCUGCAGUACAAUGAGAUCAAUUCUAAAGGCAUCAAAGGGCUUGCAGACGCCCAGAGCAAGCUUCCUGCACUUCGACGCGUUGAGCUGAACGGAAACAUAUUCGACGAGGAGGAUGCGAAUGUGGAGAGGCUGCGCGAAGCUCUGGAUGAGCGAAAAGCGGCUGCUAACGGGAAGCAUGCGGAUGAUGAGGAUUACUGGGGCAUUGACGAACUUGACGAUCUGGAAGAAGCCAGCGAUGAGGAGGAAGAAGACGAAGCGGCUGCAGCCAGUGACGAGGAGGAGGGUGUCGAAGUGGAAGAGAAGGCCGCAAGGGAGGCAAUCUCUGCCCAACAAGCCGAGAACGAGAACGUACCACAGGAGGAAGAUAAGAAGGUCGAUGACUUGGCGGACGCCCUUGCGAAGACCCAAAUCAAAUAGAUAUCCCAGAUCUCAGCAACCCCCACCCCUAACGGAGUUUCACCAAACUUCUUUGACAUGUUAGACCAAGGAGAGUGUAUAAGCUUGAAGCAGAAAUGGUGAGCUAAUAGCAAUAGAGGAGAUUAUUCACAUGUAAUUGAUCUAACCGUGUACCAUUCAUGAGCGCGGGGCGCGCGUGUGUGCAUGUUUUUAUAUACCAGUUGAAUCGAUGCGAG